UAUGAGAGGAUCUGGGUGAAAUUUUCUGUUCCGCCGUCAACUACGCUGUCAUUCAUUCCUUCGGCGUCACUUUCCCGAGAAUCAAACAGUCCCCAAGGCAGAACAAAUCUGCAUAGUUUCGUAAGAAGUUUGGUCGGUGUCAUGGCUGAUGGGCUUUCGCGCCGGUUGCCGGCGGCAAUGGAGGCUGUCGGAGGGGUAAAAAGGUCGGCGAAAGAAGAAAGUGUCGACGAUUCAGUAAUGGCGGAUGAUCUAGACGUAAAUCUCGAAGCGGAGGUUUCGAAGUUACGGGGUCACUGGGAGCUGGCGUCGGUUCUCAACUUCUUGAACGUCUUCGAGCCGUUAAUUGGGAAAAGCUUGAGGAUAUCGGCGGAAGAGAUUGAAAGGGGUUUAGUAAAGCCUGAAAGUUCAUUAGCGGAACUCCACAUUCUACUUUUGAAGGGCAUACCACCUGUAAGUAAAAUGUUAAAUGGUUCUGAUGCAUGGGUGACUGUACUUUGUAAGAAGCUUGCCAUGUGGUGGCCUUGGGUUGCUGAAGGGGAGAUUCCAAUAAAGGCUUUUAAAGGGGAGGAGAUAUCAAAAUACAAGAAACUCGAUCCAACUAAACGUUUGCUGAUUCUAAAAGUUCUUUGUGAAAUUCGAGCUGAUCAAGAUGAUACAGUAUCAUAUAUUAGCGAAUGCUUGAAAGAUAAAACUCAAAUGUCUUGUUUCCAGAAAGAUAGAUUUGGAGGAGAUGGAAAUGGAAUUUCCUAUUGGUAUGAUGGGAACCCAUCUGUUGGUUAUAGACUAUACAGGGAAGUCAUCAAAUUUGAUACAAAGAUAAAAGGUAAACACAAAGGAAGUUUCUCCCUUCCAAUGUUCAGCACUCAAUGGGAAACAAUGGCCACAAAUCUCGAGGAAUUUCAUAAAGUUAAAGACAACUUGUUAUGCAGCAAAAUCACCAGUGAAGUUGCUGUUGGAAGGAAAAUUGAAUCUGAUGCCAUUCCCGUUCUUGAGAAACUUCAGAAGAAGAAAGAAAGGUUAUUGAAACGUAAGCAUAGGGAGGACAUGCUGUUGAACGACUUAAAGAAAUCCUGCAUAGUUGGAAUUACACGCACUUGUCGCAUUCGUGCGCCCGUGAACUAUACAUUUGAGGAGUAUAAUCGGGCUAUUGAUGAUGCUAUACGGGUAUCUAGGAACGUGAAAAGCACUGAUGAAAAAGAGCAAGGAAUGCAUCGAAAGCGCGGUAGAAGAGAUGUUGUUUCCACUAGUGAGAAUCCUGACACGAGGAUUUCAUCAGAGGAUGACUCCAGAAUUAGCCGCGAGUGCAAUAAUGAUGAUGAUACUGAAAGUAACACGCUUGUUCUUGACAGCGCUGAUGAUACCAAUAACAAGGAUUAUGAGGACAAGGAUGACGAUGAUGAUGAAUGCAACUCUGAUUAUUCUGAUGCAGAAGAGAACAAUGGAGGAACGCUUCAUUCCGAAAAGCAGGCAGCGACCAAUGUCGAAAUGCCUGUGGGAGGGUGCAGUAAGAGGCAGGAUAGAAACAGGAGCCACUCUGGUAAUGAAAAUAGAAAGGUGGGUGCCAAAAGCAGGUUGAGACAAAGACCAGUUCUCAACUCUGCCCUUGAUCCAGUUGCUGUACCUGAUUCAGAUGAUGAAAAUUGAAGACCCUUCACUGUUCCAGCCACUGUCAACAAUUGGGUAAAUGCUUAUGAAUUAUAUGGUAACCAGUGAAUAUAUUAUUUUCCUUGAAUUUUUUGGUGCAGGAAUUUUGAAUUGCACUGGUUCCAUUAGUGAUUUGGAAACUUGUUGUUUCCAAUGAUCUUGUUGAAUAUGUUAGGAGAUUAGAGCAGGAACUUGAUUUAUGAUUCUAAGAAAUUUUUGUGAAUGUUUGAAAUAUUAGUAGUUGAAUAUCAAAUCUAGUGUUUUUUCA